ACCAACAACACCCAAGAAGGAGGUACUCUCUUUGUCUUGCUUGUUCAAAGUGCAACAGAUCCUUUGAAGCAUAAUUAAUCGGUUCUGCUCAAAAUUAAGGGAAAGUGUACAUCUGCUAAUACUUGAUGAUUGUUAGCACAACCUGUUUUAUUACCAGUAACCGUCAGCCCAUUUACUGCCUCUCGUGUUUUGUAGUUUCAAAAUGAGAGCUUCUUUGAGGGAUUAUUACUUGGAGGACGAUCCUAUUUUUCUUCCAGUUGUUGUAAGGUGGUUUGACAGGAGCUACACAAUGAGUCCAAUAAGGAUAUAAGGAUGGAAACUAUGAUGGAUUAUCUCACUCUGCUGAGGUUUUUUUAUACUGAACAAGAAUGGAUGACAGAAAACUGUUUCUUUGUGAUGAAGAAAAUGAAUCCUGAUACUUCUAACAAUGCUGACUGUAUCCAGAUACACGGACAUACACUGUCAGCAUUAACUAAACAAAAAAAACCUUUCUAAAAGAAUAACCUCAAUUUAGACUCAGUUUCAUCUUUAUUGAAAAUGGCACUAUUGCAGACUUAACCUUAUGUAUUUUUGUCUUUUCUCUGAUAAUUGUUUCUAUUUGGCUAUUACCUCCGUGGUCAGAGCUUCAACCCAAGAACAACAUAACCAAAGCUAUGGCAGCAUGUGACUUCAGCGCUGAUGACAACCAUUUGUCCGAUGCAGAGUGGUACUGGGGCAACAUCUCGAGGUAUUGACUGUUUUCAUCGGAUAUGUUGAUAACUUGAUGUAUUGUCUGGUUAUAAGAUUCAUCAAUUUUUCAAAAUGUAAAAACCCAAUCGACAUUUGUGCUCACCAGUCACAAAGAGCUAGUUUCACUUUGUAAUUUUUUUAGGCUUUUGUAGCUCACCUUCUCUUGUCUUUUUUUGUUUUUGAGUUGUUUUCCUCCUACAUAAACUGAUUGAAACCUCAAUAUACUUUGUGAUUGUCCAGAGAGGAAGUAAAUGAGAUGAUGAGAAACACCCCUGAUGGCACAUUCCUGGUCCGAGAUGCUUCCAGUAGAGUUAAGGGGGAAUAUACUCUGACACUGAGGUAACUAUGUGUGUAACUUAUGAAUACAUAUAAUCACAGGUCAGUUAUUUAGUGGUUUCUAAGUCUAACUUUAGUUUUUCGGGAUGAAAGUCUAAAUUUAGUUUUACUGGUUUCAGAGUGUAAUAUUAUACAUUUCCUGGUUUCAGUCUAAUUUUAGUUGAAUCAAGACAGACUAGUUUACAGAUAUAACGUUUUGUUGAUUAGAGUUUGGCGGAGACUCCAGCAGUCAGCAACAUAAUACCCUGUCAGAUUGGCUCCAACUUUUAUCAAUGCUAUCAACACCAUCUGUGUAGCGGCUUGCACUUCAUACUUGCUUUAUAUGCGUAACUGUGACCCAAAGCUGUUUUUAGGCUUCAUGUCUAUUUUCUUCUGAUUUACGGGCAUUAGUCCAUUCACUGCCGGACUAGACACCGAUGGAGGACAGCAGCAACUGACCUGCUGCUUUCUCUCCGCAGCUGAUGUAGACAAAGUACUUGAGAGAUGACACUGUGUUGGUUGGCCUCCAGGUAGAGGUCUGCGCAGGGCUGAAUUCAGGUGUUGAAAACAAUGCAUUUAUAUGUGCACUUAAGCUUAAUAAUAAAAGCCUCUCCUAUUUUAUCCCGCACUCAUCCCACAAGCAUGAUGCUUACUGCCUGCUCUUGUCCACAUAGGAGCACAACAAUUAAGUUGCAUUGCAUGGCAUUCUAAUGCCAUUUUAGGAUCUUAUGUUUACAAGUUAGUAGCCACCGCAAUUUUCAGCUAGUCAAAAUGUUUAACUCACAAAAGUGACAUAUAAAAUUAAGAUAAAUUAAUUAACAUUAAAUCUGUGGAAUGUCAUUUUAAAUUUUUACAUCCACACUAUGUACAGAAUAAACUGAAGCAAGAGAGAGAGAGAGAGAGGAGUACAUUGGGACAGACUAAGUGAGGGAAAACAUAUGAAGAAAAUAUGAGAUACAUGAUAUGAGAAAAUCUUUUUCAGAUUCAUAUAAAGGCAUUACUGCUGUAUGUAAACAGAGGACUAUCUAAUUAGAUAUCCUUAUUAAAAGCUUUACAGUAAAACAAACAUAAGAGAAAUGUUGAUUUGUCUGAUUAAAGAAAUCCUUGCAAAUGAUACUGUACCUUCCAUCUUAAAAGAUGUGAAAAAGGCAUAACAUGGGGCAAUGAAUAGAGGAGGACAGGAGAGAUAUAGAUUGUCUUCUUGAUGAAGCUUUACCUAAGCUCUAUUCUUCCUGGUUUCGUAUGGAAAAAAACCCUCUUACUUCUAUUUGCUCCACUGCACUAUAUUGGAUUGAGGGGACAGGUGGUUGAAUAACAGUUUCCUUCAAAAUGCAGAAAGCACUGAGUGUAUAGGGAUGUCAUAGAGAAAAAACAUACUGAAAAUGAGAACUGUCAUCUGAAUAGAAGUAGCUCAGACAAUAAACUUAACUACUAAGAGCUUGGGGGUUAGUUACCAAUGGUGGCAGCUCAAAAUUUGCACUGGUACUAUAAAGAUGUGGAGGAGGAGGACAUUUAAUUAUUUGGUUUUUUUACAGGCUUUUAAUGGGAGUAUUUUUGGCAGCUUUUUACAACAGUUAUCCUAUAAUCUUUGCAGAAAAGAUGGAUCUAACAGACUGAUAAAGAUCUUCCAUCAUGAGGGGAAGUACGGCUUCUCUGAGCCACUGGGCUUCCCCUCUGUGGUGGACCUGAUCCAGUAUUACCAGAACAAGUCACUGGCCCAGUAUAACUCUAAACUGGAUACACGGUUACGCUACCCUAUCUCCAAAUACCAGCAGCAGCAGGUUGUGAUGGAAGUUAACACUGAUGCAGUUGGAGAACAGCUGAGGACAUUUCAGGAUCAAUACAAAGAGAAGAGCAAAGAGUACGACCAUCUGUAUGAAGAGUUUAACCAAACGUCACAGGAAAUGCAGACCAAACGGACAGCCAUCGAGGCUUUCAGUGAAAUUAUUCGGAUCUUCGAGGAGCAGUGUGAAACCCAAGAACGCUACAGCAAGGAAUACAUCGACAUGUUUCUCACAUUAGACAGCAGUACAGAGACUGACAAGAUUCAAAACAACUCUGAUGAGCUGCAGUCAAGUGUGGAAGAGAUCCACAACAGCAAGAAGAAGUUGGAGGAAGAGCUGAAAAGGAAGGUGCUAGCUCAUAUGGAGGUUGACAGGAAAAUGAACAGCCUGAAGCCCGACCUUGUGCAGCUCAGGAAGAUCAGAGAUCAAUACCUGCUCUGGCUCACUCAGCAAGGAACCAGGCAGAGUGAGAUUAAUGACUGGCUCAGUAUCAGGAAUGAAGAAGAAGACCCAUACACCCUGGCAGAUGAUACCCACCUGGAGGAGAGGAGCUGGUUUGUUGGAGGAAUGAGACGGAAGGAGGCAGAAGAGCUGCUGAGGGGGAGGAGAGACGGCACCUUCCUCAUCAGAGACAGUCAAACUCAGAGAGGCUCGUUUGCCUGCUCUGUUGUUGUGGACGGCGAUGUGAAGCACUGUGUGAUCUACAGGACAGCCACAGGGUAUGGUUUUGCUGAGCCCUACAACCUGUACUCCUCACUGAGAGAGCUGGUCCUCCACUAUCGACACACAUCCCUAAUCCAACACAACCAGCAGCUGAAUGUAACCCUGGCCUGGCCUGCUCUCAGCCAGCAGCCCAGCUGAGAAAACACCAGCACGCCACCCUGAUGGCACUUUCCCAAAGUUUCACUGUAUUCGCAAUGAGGAUGCACCCGUAUGGACACUGUUAUCAAGCUCGAACAGAGUACUGGUUAGUGUCGUCACCAUACAAGAAUUUUUGUAACAAUUUCAGUGAUUACAUUUGGGUAACUAAAAUCCUACAUUCGUAUGAUGUCACAGCAAACAAAAAAGUAUUAUGGAGCAAAAGUCACUGAAAUGCUUAGCUGAGUUAUUUUAAACAGAUUUUAACCAGCUUUUCCACAGCAGUUUUAUGGAUGAUUAGGUCGCUGUCAUUGUCUGAAAUGCUGUGGAUUGUUCAAUUUUGUUGCCAUGUUCUUAGCUGCCAGUCUGCAGCUUUGUUCUUAUAUAAUUUCCUUUUUAAAGCUAUUAUUCCUAAUAUUAAAGAUCCCAUUUACUUUCCAUCUGCACAUGCAGCUUGCAAAACACAAUUGGGAUUAAAUACUUAGUGUUAAAAGAAUUCAAAAGUGAACUGAAUCUUUUGCAGCUGUACUGAGGUAGUACUGAAAUUUUGCCUCAUUAUGACAACACUAAUUCUGUUACCAGUGAGUUUCCCAAACCUAUGAAUAUGAAAGUUGCAACAAUCUUAACAGUGCAUCGUGCAUGCAAAAUCAGGGCAACACAGGAUAGUUGUAUCUAACUGGAUACUGAUAAUAACUUGAUUGCUUUUAUAAUAACAAACAAAGCAGAGAAAUGUCAGUACAGUUUACUGUGGAGUUAUCCACUAAUCCAGACUGUAACUGUUUCUGCACAACUUUCUGAGUUUCUUCUAAAAGGCAAGCACAAGAAAUCAUAAAUACUUUAAGAGUAGCUUCACCCAGUCUAAUAAUACAACAGCAUUGUACUGUGGCACUAAAGCACCAUUUCACAUCACAGCUAGGUGUGGUCACAACCUAUAGAGGCCAGUCCAGCUAUGUUUUCACUCCUUCCAAAAUCUAGUAGAGACUUACACUUUAAUACAUUUUCAAAGUCUUUGUCUCAAGAUUUGGCCACUCUUGCCUUUUACCUCAAACAUUUGUAAAAUAUUCUUGUCCAACAACCCAGACAGUACUCAGCAAGUACCCAGUGCUCUGAGCCAAAGUCACUUUUUCAGCUUUGAAAAAGUGAAUUUGUUGCAUCAAUCUACAGAAUAUAUUACAAACCAUAUAAAUAUGUGCAACAGUGUUUAUAGUGCUUCUGGGAAACUGAGCUUGGGAUGGGACUCUGCACUACCCAGCACAUGUGCAUUAUGGGUAACGUAGUAACUGAAUAGACACACCAGCACUUUAUCCAAAACAAGAAAAUCCAAACACACACAGACAGAGAUUUCUUAGAAAGCAUACCUGAUUUCACAUGAUGUUUCUGGUUAGAAAAAAAGUUAAACAUUCUUAUGUCAGUGAUUAUGAAUAUAAUUUAAUUUCCUUAAAGACAUCUGUAAAUAUGAUAGUUUUUACAAUAGGAUUUUCACAGGAAUUAAAGCACUUGAGGGUAAUGAACCUCAUUUAAUUCUUCACCCUGCAUGUUUCCACAUGUUUUCAGACUAUUAGAAGAAAGACAAUGUAAAGCUUGUAUCACUUCAUGGAUUCUACUUCUGGGGUGUAUUUAUGCUUUAUAGCUCUUAUGUGUAGAUUUUUUACAGCACCUUUCAAAUUAUUCUGAGUACAAUUUUUGUUGUAGAAAAAUGGGACAAUCAUGGUAAAGUUUGUGUAGUCUGUGUUACUUUGAGCUCAUCCAGAAACACAAAGUGUUAGCAAAUAUGAGGCACAAUCAACUACUGAAAGCAUUUCUGUGUGCUGUAUACAUCGCAAAUAGUUGGAAUAUUAAUCCUAAAAAAGAACAUUUUCUUACUUUUUAUGCAAGGUAUCAAUCUGGUUCAGAUAGUCUUUGAUGAAUCAGACUAUAUUUGUUUUUUUUCUUCUGAUUUCUCGAUGGUUUUGUGAGGACUUGGGGUUGCAGUAAAUGAUCCAGGAGCUUUGAUAGGACUUUUGGAGCCUGAAGUAUAUAGAUAAUAUACAGGUCUUUCAGAUCUCCGGUUCUGAUUGAAAAGUGCCUUUAAGUGCUUCUGUUGUAGCCAUCAUAUUUGUGUUUGUAUUAAGGUGUGUUAAAGAGCCCCUCCAGUGAAAAUCAAGUUUUUAACCUUGUUAACAUAUCCAUGUGGUGUUUUUCUAAUGUUACAAGACAUAUCAGCAGCGAAAUAAGCAGUCAACGCUAUGGCUGAGCAUUUCUGCUUUGAAACUGAACUGCAGCGUACCAAGGACAGUCUAAAAAAAAAAAAAAAAAACAGAGUCUGUCAAGGCAGGAUUUCAUAAGUCACAAAUCUAAGGAACCAAUCAUGUAUAAUUAAAGAUAAAUUUUAUGCAGAGUCUACCUCCUCGGGUUUUCCCUGAGAGCUGAUUCCAAUCUGCA